AUGGCUGCCUCUAGCCCCCUCGCAUUGUUGUUAUAUCUGACUGCUGUUUGUUUGGUAACCAACACCUCUUGGGCUUGGGUUAGAACUUCUGCUUGUAACCUGGAGAUCACUGGCACGUAUGAGGACUAUGAGUAUGUACAAGAAGGAGAUAUAAUGAUUGGCGGGGUGCUAACUGUCAACUCAUUUAUAGUUCCCUUCAAGUAUCCCUGGGACAGUUACAGCAGGAUGCUGUGUGUUUGGCCUCUCCCUGAAUAUUAUAGACAGUUUGUGGAUUUUCAUUUUGCCAUUGAGAAAAGUAACAAUGAUCCAUUGUUGCUCCCCAACCUGACCCUGGGGUACCAUAUAUCCGAUUCCUGUGGGGACCCCCGGAAGGCAGUGAGGAGCGUAUUACAGAUAUUAUCUGGUACCAGGGAGCCGGUUCCCAAUUACUCCUGUGUGGGAAAGAGAAACAUUGCUGGGUUUAUUGGGGAUCUCAGCUCAGAGACAACUGUACCCAUAGCCCAGAUACUGACUCUGUAUGGGUAUUCCCAGAUCAGUUACGGAGCUACAGACACUUCGCUCAGUGACAGAGUCACGUUCCCGUACUUUUUCCGGACGUUACAAAGUGAUCACGGCCAUUAUUUCUCAUUAAGCAAGUUACUCAAAGCCUUUGGUGGGAACUGGGUUGGAAUCAUCACAUCCGAUGAUAUCAGUGGAGAGAAAGAACUGCAGAUACUGACAAACUAUUUAUCCAUAGAUGGGAUUUGUGUUGAGUUCACCAUCAAGAUAAGUGACAAUAUGGAUGACAUCUCAGCUGUUGGAAAUAUCCGUCACCACUUGCCCUAUAAGAACAUCAUUCAGAAAUCCACAACCAAUGUCGUUAUCCUUUGCGGAAAAAUUUCCCUGGGCGUCAUAGGAAAAUUAAUCAUCUAUACCGAUGUACUUAGUGAGAAGAUAUUAGUUGUCUCUCCUACACUGACAUCUAAAAACCACAUUAUAGAUUAUUCUCUGGAAAUAUUCUCCAACAUUUUGGGAUUUGUUCAGCAUUCAGCAUAUUCUGUGGAUAGUCGAGAAAUAACGCACUAUCUGGAGAGUUUCCGUCCUUCCACGUAUCCUGAGGACAAAUUACUGGAAGAUAUAUGGCUGCUUUACCAUUUGUGUUUGUCAAAGCAACAACAUAAAAAUUACUUGUAUGCCAACUUGUAUAAAUAUGAGCUUCACAACUGCACCGGGCAGAAACGCAUUACGGAUAUCCGCCAUUUUGACAGUAAAUUAUACUCUCCCAGUGUGGCCCUGGCAGUCGAUAUGAUGUCACACGCAAUUCAUGCAAUGCACAUUUCUCUUGCUGAGCGACCUCCUGAGAAUCGAAAGCAAAUGUAUAAAUAUCAGGUAAAUAUUUAUCUGAAUAAACUUCACUACAAGACCACCGGGGGCACCACUGUUUCUUUUGAAAAAAAUGGAGAGUUAGUCACUUGGUACAUGAUCUAUAACUGCAUAUUGGAACCUAAUAAUCAAAUAUCUGUGAAUUAUCUGGGAACGUUCCAACCACGGGAUCCAUUAGAUGACAAAUCAAUGAUUAGAUCUCAUCAAAUAAUAUGGAUCUCCAACAAGAGCCAGAUCCCUAGCGCCCAAUGUUCAGCCAGUUGUCUCCCGGGACUGAGGAAGGUGCCGAGGAUCAGAGCCCAGCCCUGCUGUUAUGACUGUGCCCAGUGUUCCGAGGGAGACAUUUCCAAUGCGACUGACAGUGAAAACUGCUAUAAAUGCCCAGACAUGGAAUGGCCCAAUGAGAAGAGGGAUCAGUGUAUUCUUAAAAGUGAAGACUUUCUGUCGUACAGUAAUCAUGAGAUUUCUAUGUUGUUUGGCUCAGUCUCACUUUUUCUUUCUGUUUUAACUGUGCUCAUAAUGGGAAUUUUUCUUAAAUACCGGGACACCCCCAUAGUGAGAGCCAACAACCGGAGCCUGAGCUUCCUCCUCCUUGUCUCCAUCAAGCUGAGCUUCCUCAGUGUGUUUCUGUUCCUCGGUCGCCCUGUGGAUAUAACCUGCAUGCUGCGCAUCAUCACUUUUGGAAUCACCUUCUCCAUAGCUGUCUCUUCUCUCCUGGCCAAGACUAUCAUGGUUUGUGUUGCUUUCAAAGCCACCAAGCCAGGGAGCUCAUGGAGAAAAUGGCUGGGAGUCAAACUGUCCAAUUCUGUAGUCUUGUUCUGCUCAUCCAUUCAAAUAAUCAUCUGCAUGACUUGGUUGGCCAUUUCUCCUCCCUUUCAGGAACUGGACAUUCACACUUCCCCUGGAACCAUCAUCAUUCAGUGCAAUGAGGGCUCAGCUAUUGGCUUUUACUCAGUUAUUGGGUAUAUGGGGCUUCUGGCAGCUGUUAGUUUUGUUUUAGCAUUUUUAGCUCGGAGCUUACCGGACAGUUUUAAUGAGGCCAAGUACAUCACUUUCAGCAUGCUGCUCUUCUGCAGUGUUUGGAUCACAAUGAUCCCGGCCUAUCUGAGCACCAAAGGCAAAAACACUGUGUGUGUGGAGAUAUUUGCCAUACUCACCUCAAGCGCCGGCCUUUUAGCCUGUAUAUUUCUGCCCAAAUGUUAUAUUAUUUUAAUUACACCUGAAACAAAUAAAAAAUUUUACUUAACUGGGAAAACUUGUGGAUAUGUUAAAUAG